UUGAUAUUAUUUUUCACCGAUAAAUUCAUUUAAACCGGUGAAACUUUACAUUCUAUGAUGCAUGCAUGGGUUGGUUUUAUAUCAGCUUGAAAACAGUCACGGUUUAAAAAUAUAUAUAUUACACAUACUUAAAGGAUUUCCUUAUAAGGAAUGAGACGAAGUAUUCUGUAUUGUCCAGACUAACCUGUAAGUUAUUUCAACGCAGUUGUUCGGUGAAUAUACUGGACAUGUCUCUAGCGGACUUUCUGAGGGGAAAUCUCCCUAACCCAGCUGAUGACAAUCCCAUAGAUGAGAACCCCGGAACGGCUAGUCUCCCCAUCAAAUGGAAGACCACCUGUGUCACGAUACCUGAGGAUGAGCACACCAUUUUUACUGCUGUACGAUAUAACGACUGCCAGAGAGUCGAACAAAUACUACGACAGAGCGACAUUGACGUCAAUAUAGUACACAGAUCAUCACAAUGUUUACUGAAAAAAAGUAGGGUACAGAAAAGUGUGGCUAUGCAGUUGAAUGAAUAUACCCCUCUACAUAUUGCCUGCUUACAUUCUAAUAUCGUGGUUAUUAGGUUACUACUGAAACACAACGCCGACGUUAACGUUAAAGAUUCGACCAAUCGAACACCACUUCACUAUGCUGUUCUUGCUAAUCGUUCGGAUGUUGUUAAUCUCUGCAUAGAAAAUGGUGCUGACGUUAACCAGCAAACUUCCAGUGGGAAGACCGCCUUAAUGUACGCUGUACAAGAGAAAAGCAUAAAUAUAGUACAGGCUUUACUGGACGCUGGAGCUGACGUCAGUCUAAAAGAUGUCAAGGGUGGGACAGCACUGGAGAUCUGUUUGUUAUCAGGGGGAAGGACAGUUAACACCGAGAUUGUUAAGGCACUUCUGCAGGCUGGAAGUGACCCAAACGUGGAAAACCUUUAUAAAGCCACGCCUUUGAUGUUGGCGGCAGGUACUGGACAGCUAGAGGUCAUCAACUUGUUGUUAGACGCGGGCGCUGAUAUAAACCAUGAAGACAACAAGGGUAAAACCGCAUUUAACAUCUGUUGUGAACACACUCGUAUGACGAAGGCGGGACGUCUGCUAAUUUCCAGGGGCGCGGACAUUAACCAUAAGGAUCACGCUGUUGUUACUGGAAGCAGUGAAGGUAUUGGAAAAGCUUAUGCUAGGGAACUUGCAAAACGUGGCGUAAAUGUCGUACUGAUCAGCAGGGGAGAGAACCGCUUGUUUAGGACAGCUAAAGAAAUUGAAAAUGAUUUCAAGGUUGAGACUUGCACGAUUGCUGUUGAUUUUAACAUAGGAAAAGAUGCUUAUCCAAUUAUAUGGGAUAAGAUUAAAGACAAAGAAAUUGGUAUUUUAGUGAACAAUGUAGGAGUGAUGUAUGACUACCCUCAGUAUUUCUUAGACGUCCCAGAGGAGAGACUUUGGCAGCUCAUCAAUGUCAAUGUAGCAGCAGCAACAAUGAUGACACAUAUGAUAAUGCCUCAAAUGGUUGAAAGAGGAAAGGGGGCUGUAGUCAUGGUGUCCUCCGGCGCUUGUUCACAGAUAACUCCUCAGAUGACAGUUUAUGCUGCUACAAAGAGUUUUCUAGACUACUUUGCCAGGGCACUUAAUUAUGAAUACAGGAAGAAAGGAAUAAUUGUUCAGUCUCUAAUGCCUUUUUAUGUUGCUACCAGAAUGACCCGCUUUAGUCAGACCCUAUCUAAACCUAGUCUACUGAUCCCCUCUGCUGAACAAUAUGCCCAAAAUGCUGUGGCCACCCUGGGCUACACAAGUCGUACUUCUGGAUACUGGCCACACACAGUGCAGGCUUGGUUUGCUAACUGGAUUCCCGAGUGGUUGUGGAUGUGGGGAGCCACUGGACUUAAUAAUGCUCUACGAAGGCAAGCAGAACAAAAGUGGAUAAAGAAGACACUGGUCAGAUCAGACUCUAGUGAGUUAGACUUGUCCAAAUACUCAUAAAAACUUAACUUAUCGAAGGAGAUAGUUCUCUCUGUGAUGUGGAGUUUUCCUAGUCUGAUUGAGGUUGUAAAUCACCGUAUUAGCUUCAGUUCAGUUUGAAUGCUAUAGAAAAUGAUGUCUAAAUGUAUGUGACAGUUCAAGUGCUAUUUUGUGUUCCAUGUUGUAGAAGAAGUACUGUACUAUAUUUCCAGAGCAAAUGCAUAAUGUGUCUAGUGUCAGUGGCAGCUUACCUCCUCCCUUGUAUGGGAUUGUGUAAAUACUUAAGAAAGAAUAAUAUGGCUAGUUACAGAAAAAAAUAACAGCCCUUCCCAUUUCUAUAGAUUUCCAACUGUUAUAUACAAAUCUGCCUUUUUUAUUUCAGUUUUAAAAGUUCAAUUUUUUUUUAUCAAUUUUGUUUGCUUCACCCUAUUUCAAAUUUCUGAAUCUGCCACUGUAUGCAUCAGGUUUAAAAUGAUAAAAUACUUAUAAAAUCAUGUGUUGCAAUCCAAUUGUUUUUCACUGUUGAUAAUGAAGAUUUUUUUAUGAUAAUAAAAAAAAUAAAAACGUAA